GGAAGGCCCGGUGCGGGGCGACACGCCCCGCUGCGGGGCAGUGCGGGGCCGCGGGGGGACCCGCCCGCAUGCGGGGACGCGCAUAGAAACAGUGCCCAGAAAACAUUUACGCGGAGCGCACGCACCGCGUUUUAACGUUCAGUCAACAUAAUUUUUUGUUGCUAAACUUUUCCUAUUUACCAAGUAACAAUUCAAUUCUACAGCAGUGAUGUGUCUCGUCAGCACUAACAAAAUGUACAUCGACACAGAACAAGUGAUAAUCGAAGUCCAUCAGCGGCCCGUGUUGUGGGACAAAAAACAUUUGUUAUACAAAGACAGGGACGCGAGAGAGGCAGCAUGGACGGAAAUUCUAGCGGAAUUGACACCCGACUACCAAAGUUUGAGCCCUGAGGAUAUAAAAAUGGCGGACAAGAAAAUACAACAACGCUGGCGAACAGCAAGGGACAGUUAUAAGAAGGACAGGAUAUUUGAAAAAAAUAAUCCAUCGGGCUUUAGUAGUAAAAGGAAGAAAUAUGUUUACUAUGACAUAUUGACUUUCUUAGACGGAACGGAAAAUGCUGGCGAUGAGUCACCAUGCGAAGAAUUGUAUGAAGAAAGUCAUUCACUCGUAGAAACCUUGUUAGAAACACCUGAAGUGAAACCCAGAUCAAAUAAAAGGCGAUACAAAGUUCUAAAACGAGCAAAUAAAACUAAAAGUGGAUUUGGGGCACAUACAUGUUUAAAGCCUAAUCAAUUGCAACUAGAAAGUGAGGAUUUGGCUUUCUUUCAAUCCCUGCAGCCAACAUUGAAAAGAUUCACUAGAUACCAAAAACUAAUGUUCAGAACUAAGGUGUUAAAUAUAGUUAUGGAAAUGGAAAAAGAAGCAGAACCACAUCAAAUAUUUAUUCCAAAAUCUGAAUAAAACAAUUUUUCCAAA